GCCCCCCAAUCCCGCGCCGAGGCGGCGGCGGCGACGGCGGCGCGACGAUGAGGAUGAUGAAUACAUUGCAAAGUUUUUUUGGCCCCGGCGAGGGGUGUCAGAUUGAGUGCUCUGUGCGCAUGUGCGAAGGUGUCCAAACUGACAAUGCUGGGGAGAUGAAGAUAGUGUGUAGCUGCUUCUGGACUCAAGGAGGAGGAGAGAGAUUCCGCGAGCCGACACCAUGCGAUCCAAGGCGAGGGCGAGGAAGCUAGCCAAAAGUGACGGCGACAUUGUAAAUAACAUGCAUGAGCCCGACCCGGACCUGCUGGCUGGCGAGAGCGCGGAGUACGAGACAGAGGACAGCGUCGUAUCCCCCAUCCCCAUGGGGCCGCCGUCCCCCUUCCCCACCAGCGAGGACUUCACCCCCAAGGAGGGCUCGCCGUACGAAGCCCCCGUCUACAUUCCUGAGGACAUUCCCAUCCCGCCAGACUUUGAGCUCCGAGAGUCCUCCAUCCCAGGGGCAGGCCUGGGGAUCUGGGCCAAGAAGAGGAUGGAAAUCGGGGCGAGGUUUGGCCCUUACAUGGGGGCACCCCGGGCCACGUGGAAGGAGGCAGACUUUGGAUGGGAGCACAUGCUGACUGAUACAGAAGUGUCGUCCCAGGAGGGCUGCAUCCAAAAGAUCUCCGAAGACCUGAGCACUGAGAGGCUCUGCAUGGAUGCUGGUCAGGCAGGCUCCGGCAGCUGGCUCAAGUACAUCCGGGUGGCGUGCUCCUGCGAUGACCAGAACCUCACCAUGUGCCAGAUCAACGAGCAGAUUUAUUAUAAAGUCAUCAAGGACAUUGAGCCCGGGGAAGAGCUGCUGGUGCACGUGAAGGAAGGCGCGUACUCCCUGGGGACGGUGCCCCCCAGUCUGGAUGAGGAGCCCACGUUCCGCUGUGACGCCUGUGACGAGCUCUUCCAGUCCAAGCCGGACCUGCGGCGACACAAGAAAUACGCAUGUGGCUCCGUGGGGGCCCCGCUCUAUGAGGGCCUGGGUGACGGGCUCAAGCCGGAGGGGCUCGGCGGCGGGGGCGGCGGCGAGCAGGCCCACGAGUGCAAGGACUGUGAGCGGAUGUUCCCCACCAAAUACAGCCUGGAGCAGCACAUGGUUGUGCACACAGAGGAACGAGAGUACAAGUGUGACCAGUGUCCCAAGGCCUUCAACUGGAAGUCCAACCUCAUCCGCCACCAGAUGUCCCAUGACAGCGGCAAGCGCUUCGAAUGUGAGAACUGCGUGAAGGUGUUCACCGACCCCAGCAACCUGCAGCGCCACAUCCGCUCCCAGCACGUAGGAGCCCGGGCUCACGCCUGCCCCGACUGCGGGAAGACGUUCGCCACGUCCUCGGGCCUCAAGCAGCACAAGCACAUCCACAGCACCGUCAAACCUUUCAUAUUGAGCCAGCACUCCGGGGUCCUCACGAACCACCUGGGGACCAGUGCCUCCUCCCCCACCUCCGAGUCAGACAACCAUGCACUUUUAGACGAGAAAGAAGACUCCUAUUUCUCUGAAAUCAGAAACUUUAUUGCCAAUAGUGAGAUGAACCAAGCAUCAACACGAACGGACAAACGGCCGGAGGUCCGGGACCGGGACGGCAGCUCGCAGUGUGCGGGCCUAGCCAGCGGGAAGCCGGAGGAUGCGGAGGAGGAAGAGGAGGAGGAACUGGAGGAGGAGGAGGAUGACAGUCUGGCGGGGAAGUCCCAGGACGACACCGUGUCCCCCACGCCUGAGCCCCAGGGGGCCUAUGAGGAUGAGGAGGACGAGGAGCCGCCCACCUCCCUGGCCGUGGGCUUCGAACACACCCGAAGGUGUAUUGAGGAGCAACCAGGCGGCCUGUUAGCUUUGGAGCCGAUGCCGACUUUUGGGAAGGGGCUGGAUCUCCGCAGAGCAGCUGAGGAAGCGUUUGAAGUUAAAGAUGUGCUUAAUUCCACCUUAGAUUCUGAGACUUUAAAGCAGACACUGUACAGGCAGGCUAAGAACCAGGCGUAUGCAAUGAUGCUGUCCCUUUCCGAGGAAGCUCCUCUCCACACCUCCUCCCAGAGCCCUCUGGACGCUUGGUUGAACAUCACGGGAGCCACGCCGGAGUCCGGAGCCUUUAACCCCAUCAACCACCUCUGACGGGCCCAGGAGGGGCCGGGGUCAGAGUCCAAGCAAGGCGACCUCAGGGCCCCAUCGUCCCAACAGAAAUCCCGGCUGCGGAAUAUGGAGAAGGGAGCCUCGGGGAGCAGCGUGCCCUGGGCCAGGGAGACCCCCCCACUGCCCCGUCACCUGCGUUGACCACUCCUCAGCAUCCGUCCCCCCACACACACCAUGGUUCAGCUCUAACUUUUCCAAUGAAAACUCAGAGCCCAGGAGUCCCUGAGCCGUCCAGGAGGCCCACCGUCCAAGAAUUGGUCUUAAGAACAGCGUUCCGGAAGGGUACAGUGCACGGCCGGCCACGCCUCGUAGAACCAACCCAGUGGAUGAGGGUGGGAUUUUAAUCCCAGACUGAAUGAAGGCAGCGGGCCACUGGGGCAUCCGUGGGGUGUCUCAGAAAGGACCGGACAGACACGGGUGUGCUCUACAAAGGGAGAUCACCCAGACGAUUUUUUAUAAUAAGAAUUACGAGAGUAACCCUUUUGGUAAUCUUAUUGACGACAGAGUCUAUUUAAGCAUGUGGUUUUAAAAAUAGACAGUAUUUUUUAAAAAAUCGAAAGACGACUUGCAAAUUGUUUUUUAAAAGUAAUUUUGCAUUGCUUUCAAAUCUCCGCUUCUUUGCAAACCCAAACCUGCCUGGAAACUGGUACUGUGUCUGGGUGUGUUCUUUAUACUGUAGAUAACGGAGUUUUCUAUCCCUGACCAUAUUUGUAAAGCCAACGUGAUCCUGGGUGCCCCCGAGCAGAAAUGAGGGGCCUGGGGCCCCCGCCUGCGAGCAGUUUCAAACUGUACGGUGGAACUCUCAGACAUGGUAUCCUGGGCUGGCCCAAGGCUGCGAGAGAGGCCUGUCGCACGCGUCCCACGUGUGCGGCAUGGGAUUCAUGCCUGUGGCGCCCACCAAGACCCCCCAAUUGUAUGGGGGAGGUGUGAGAGCAGUGGGCCAGGCACCCGACGCUCCUCCCGACAAGGUCCACGCAUCAGCCACACCCGUGCCGGCCCCCCAUGGCCGCUCUGUGGAAGGCAGGGCCCACCGGCUACUUCUCCAGCCACCCCCCACCCACCCCCGUCAGACGGACAAGGGGAAGGAAGCGGGCAUCCCCCCCCUCCGUGGGCUCCGCGGGGCGCGCUCUGCGGCUGACCUGCCCCAGGCCACCGGGCUCUGCCUGCGUGAGACCCCGGCUCUGGGACAUGACCGCCACCUCUUUGUGCGGCUUCUUGGCAGGCCAGACCAGCUCCAGAACGGAAGGGCCUCCGGGUAGGACCUGCCUCCCGGGAAGCCAAGACCGCACGGCCCGGCCGGACGGCACCUCCUCAGGAUGGAUCUGCCUCUCCACUCGGAUGGGCUUUAAAUUAUUCCCAUAGGGGCCAAUUUCAAAUCAUAAUUUUUUUUCCCUGAUGGAAUUUACCUUAAUCUGUAUAUAACUUGUAAUUUUUUCUAAUUCAUUUCUUUUCUUAUUUUAUUUCUUCCUUAACAGUAUUUUGGCAUUAGACAUUCUUAUUGUGAAGGAAUAAUGUUAAUAUAAGUAUCUAGUGAAGGACCAAAACCGUGUAUAAGGUUGUGUGUUGUGUGAUCGAUAACCAGGGAGUGGGGAGGUUUUUAAUGUGCCAAAUACCCCCGCGCCCCCCGACGGAUCCUGCUGCCCGUUUCCAGACAAUCACGUGUUUUUGUUAAAUUAGAGUUUCAGUUACAUUUGCAUUUAAGACAAGUGUUCUAUUUAUUUCUUUUAUUGUUUGGAAGGAAAAAAGAAUAGCGUCCCAACAGGAAGAGAAAAAGAUCGUCCAAGUUGCCCUUGAGAAAGAAUGUAGAUGCAAGCGGCAGGGGUAGGCGGGGCGCCUGGGGACGGGGCUCCGGUGCACGAGCCCUGGGCACUGGCCCAGGGGCAGCAGGCCGGUCAGAGCAGCCGAGUCCCCGUGUCCCCGCCGCUCCAGGCCGGCGACAAUCGUGUGCUUCCGCGCUGGGAGAGCUGAGUGGGGAGGCCCCGAGGGCGCCACACUGCUGCGGGCCCCGGGAGAAGGGUUCUCCCCGCUCCUGGCCCACGGGAGGCAGCGAGACCGCACCCGGGCCGCUGCCGCACACCCACAGGCUGGCAGGGCACCCUGCUCGAGGAAGAGCGGGCGAAGGCCCGUGGGCGAGGCUUUGCAAACACAGCCCCUCACCUCCUCGCGCGCAUCCACCCUGCCAGGCUCGCAGGUGCGGUGUGGGAUUUCCCCUCCACCCAGGUGGGACCCCUUUGCAGAGUCAACCUCACAUACGAAUGCCCAUUUCUGUAAACCCAAAUUAUAUUUCUUCUGCUAAAGAAUAA